AAUGGAUGAAAAAUUUGAGGAACAGGGCAAGCUUCCCGAGCUUAAACUUGAUGCGAGGCAAGCUCAAGGGUUUCUUUCAUUCUUCAAAACCCUACCCAAGGAUGUUAGGGCAGUUCGUCUCUUCGAUCGUCGGGACUAUUAUACUGCCCAUGGAGAUGAUGCAACUUUCAUUGCAAAGACAUAUUACCAUACCACAACUGCUUUACGGCAGUUGGGUAGUGGAGUUGGUGCUCUUUCCAGUGUUAGUGUGAGUAGAAACAUGUUUGAAACAAUAGCUCGUGAUAUUCUCUUGGAGAGGAUGGAUCGUACUCUUGAAUUGUAUGAGGGAAGUGGUUCAAACUGGAAACUGGUCAAAAGUGGAACCCCAGGAAAUUUUGGAAGUUUUGAGGAUAUUCUGUUUGCUAAUAAUGAAAUGCAAGAUUCUCCUGCGAUUGUUGCUCUUGCGCCAAAAUUUGAUCAGAAUGGAUGUACAGUUGGGUUAGGCUAUGUUGAUAUUACUAAGAGAGUCCUUGGUUUAGCAGAAUUUCUAGAUGAUAGCCACUUCACCAAUUUGGAGUCUGCUUUGGUUGCUCUUGGUUGCAGAGAAUGUCUUGUACCAACAGAGACUGGGAAAUCCAGUGAGAGCAGGCCUCUAUAUGAUGCAAUAUCGAGAUGCGGGGUGAUGGUAACUGAAAGAAAGAAAACUGAAUUUAAAGGUAGGGAUUUGGUACAGGAUCUUGGUAGGCUUGUCAAGGGUUCAGUAGAACCUGUUCGAGAUCUAGUCUCUAGUUUUGAAUGUGCAGCAGGUGCUUUGGGGUGCAUACUUUCCUAUGCAGAACUACUUGCGGAUGAGAGCAAUUAUGGAAACUUCACAGUCAAACAAUACAACCUCAAUAGUUACAUGAGAUUAGAUUCUGCUGCUAUGAGAGCACUGAAUGUUAUGGAGAGCAAAUCAGAUGCUAAUAAAAAUUUUAGCUUGUUUGGUCUCAUGAAUAGAACCUGUACUGCUGGAAUGGGUAAAAGGUUAUUGCACAUGUGGCUGAAACAGCCGUUACUAGAUGUAGAUGAGAUUAACUGUAGACUGGAUUUAGUUCAAGCAUUUGUGGAGGAUGCUGCACUUCGCCAAGAUUUGAGGCAGCAUCUGAAAAGAAUUUCAGAUAUUGAGCGGCUGACACACAAUCUUGAGAGGAAAAGAGCCAGUUUACUGCACGUUGUAAAACUCUAUCAGUCAGGCAUCAGAAUACCAUAUAUCAAAAGUGUUUUGGAACGUUAUGAUGGGCAAUUUGCACCACUAAUCAGGGAAAGGUAUAUUGAUUCUCUUGAGAAAUGGAGUGAUGAUAAUCAUCUGAAUAAGUUCAUUGCUCUUGUGGAAACUGCUGUUGACCUUGAUCAACUUGAGAAUGGAGAAUACAUGAUUUCUUCUGCAUAUGACUCAAAUUUAUCUGCUCUGAAGGAUGAGCAAGAGACAUUAGAGCAACAGAUUCAUAAUUUGCACAAACAAACUGCCAAUGAUCUUGAUCUACCUAUUGAUAAGUCUCUUAAAUUAGAUAAAGGAACACAAUUUGGACAUGUCUUCAGAAUUACCAAGAAAGAAGAACCAAAAGUCAGGAGACAGCUUAAUUCUCACUACAUUGUUCUUGAAACACGUAAGGAUGGGGUAAAGUUCACCAAUACAAAACUCAAAAAACUAGGAGAUCGGUACCAGAAGAUCUUAGAUGAGUAUAAGAGCUGUCAGAAAGAACUGGUAGCUCGGGUAGUUCAAACAGUUGCGAGUUUCUCCGAGGUGUUUGAAGGUUUAGCUGGUUCACUUUCUGAGUUGGAUGUGCUACUGAGUUUUGCAGAUUUGGCUUCCAGUUGCCCAACUGCCUACUCAAGACCAAAUAUCAGUCCACCAGAUACGGGAGAUAUUAUACUUGAAGGGUGUAGACAUCCUUGUGUGGAAGCUCAAGACUGGGUCAACUUCAUCCCUAAUGACUGUAGACUAGUUAGGGGAGAAAGUUGGUUUCAGAUUAUCACAGGCCCUAACAUGGGUGGAAAGUCUACCUACAUUCGUCAGGUUGGUGUGAAUGUCCUGAUGGCCCAAGUUGGCUCAUUUGUUCCAUGUGACAAUGCUACCAUUUCUAUUCGUGAUUGCAUUUUUGCUCGUGUUGGCGCUGGAGAUUGCCAGCUGAAGGGGGUUUCUACUUUUAUGCAAGAGAUGCUUGAGACUGCAUCGAUCUUGAAAGGAGCUACUAAUAGAUCAUUGAUUAUAAUUGAUGAGUUGGGCCGUGGGACGUCGACUUAUGAUGGCUUUGGUUUAGCUUGGGCUAUUUGUGAGCACAUUGUUGAAGAAAUUAAAGCACCAACAUUGUUUGCAACUCACUUUCAUGAGCUGACUGCAUUGGCCAAUGAGAAUGGAAACAAUGGACAUAAGCAAAUUGGUGGUGUGGCAAAUUUUCAUGUCAGUGCACACAUUGACUCUUCUAGUCGCAAGCUAACUAUGCUUUACAAGGUUCAACCCGGUGCUUGUGAUCAAAGUUUUGGUAUUCACGUUGCAGAGUUUGCCAAUUUUCCACAAAGUGUUGUGGCCCUGGCCAGAGAAAAGGCUUCUGAGUUGGAGGAUUUCUCUCCUAAUGCUAUGAUGCCAACUGACAGUAAAGAGGCAGUCUCAAAGCGGAAGAGGGAAUUUGACCCACAUGAUGUGUCUAGAGGUACUGCCCGAGCUCGUCAAUUCUUACAGGAUUUCACUCAGUUGCCUCUGGAUAAGAUGGAUCUAAAGCAGGCCUUGCAACAGUUGAGCCAAAUGAAGACCGACCUUGAGAAGAAUGCAGUUGACAGUCAGUGGCUUCAGCAGUUCUUUAGUUCUUCAGAUUAGAACUAUCUUCUACUCUAUGAAGCCUGGGGUGGGAAAACAAUACUGUUGGUUUUGUGUG